CUUGCGUGGUUAAUGUUAGGGUUCCUGAUUGUAGAGGUAAUUAUUAUGGUGUAAUUAUUAUGGUGUAUCUAUUGUAAUUAAUUACCUAAUUAAUUAAUGGAACAUUCACUAAUGGAAUGUCCUAUAAGUGACCAAUAGGAAAGGGGUACUGCUGGACACCCAAGCCAAGCUAAGCUUAUAGCAUUUUAUUGCUCUCUUUUGUUUUACCCAUCGAGGAGAGCAGAUGUGUACUUUGUUAAGCUGUCUCUUUUGUUACAAUUCAGAAAGGUCAAUUUAAGAAUUGUAUAAGGAUUAAGAAGAAAUAUUAUAUUAACUACUCUACGUAUAUGGUAAUUCCUGAACAGAAUACACUGUGUAAUCGCCACAAACCGAGGCUGUUUACUAGAUGCUGUUUUUACAUAAAUAAAUACGAGUGAACUUUAUUUGAGAUGUACUGUCUGUUAUUGACGUGUCGACCGCUACCCCACACUUUAUAGCUUGGGAGGCCAACUACAGCCUGUCUCAGUGGUGUCAGAAGUGGGAUGAACAAGACAACAGACAAAGGUAACAAUACGUUUAUCCGAAUGAAGCAGCCUCAGUUUGCGGAAGAAGACCGACUAUCCUGCUGAAGAAUGAAGAAUCAACGCAACAUAGUUUAAUUACAUCAUUGUAUAUUCAAGAUUUUUUUUAAAGAUUUAUAUUUGAUUGAAAUAUUUAUACUAUUAUACAGACUUGUCUGUUUUAUGCAAUAUAUUGUUUAUUUUCUGAUGAUUAUUUUGUAACAUAUUUUUUUCUCUCUCGAUUCAUCAAUAAUUAUAUAUUUGUACCCUACUGUAAUCAUAUUUCACACAUAAUGGCGAACCAAGAUGAUGCAGGUCCUUCCACCCAGGAAAUUCUUCAAACCAUAGCAACGGCAUUACAGGGAAUCAAUGUGCAUCAUGUGCAUCCAGGUGUGAAGUUAACAAAGUUCAAAGGUUCCAAAGCAAGUAGUGAGCCUUCCUUGACCGAAUGGCUUGAAGACUUUGCAGCUUACGCGAACCAAUAUGGGCUGAGCGAUGCGAGAAGAGCACAAGCACUACUUGAUCACCUAGGUGGAAGUGCCAAGGAAGAACUACUAUGUUACGGAUUAGAUGUACGUGGAGACCACAGGAGGAUAAUAGAAGUACUGAAGGAGAGAUUCGGUCCUCAAGAAACCAAUGCAUCCCUGAGUGAGACCUUACAUAAUAGAGUGCAGCAGGACGGUGAAAGUCUGGCAGAGUUUAGCCUAGCGUUGAUGCGGAUAUACGGAAAAAUGGAGGCCGCGACAUCAGAUGCCACUGAAAGAGCCGCACUGACAAGGUUAAGGGACAACACUCUUAAGGAAAGACUGGUUCGAGGGGUACGUGAAAAGUGGGUUCACCGAGAACUACGGCGAAUAGAGAUUGAAUGCAGAGGGAGAUCCUUUAUGGAGAUGCGUCGAAGUGCUCUAGAAUUCUUUCAAGACCAAGAACCAGCUUCUAGACGACCUCCUGGCGUAUAUGAAGUAUAUGCUGAUCGGGUACACACUACAUCGCAUGAACGAGCCGACAAAUCGACAGAAAAACAGAGAGAAUUAUCACGAGAAGUUAGCACAUUAAAGGACGAGAUGGAAAAAUUAAGAUUAGUUAUCGAGAGAAUGGAUAGACCAGGCCCUACUACCAAAGGCAAAACUCCUGUCAAGGAAAUUACAUGCUACAAGUGUGGUCAAAAGGGCCAUUACAAACGUCAUUGCCGGAAUUCAGGUCGAAGACAAGGUGCUUGUCAACUACAGCUGGGUUAUCCAUCACAAUCAGUCUAUCAACGACAGCCAGCUCACAAGCCACAUUCAAACUACCAACCAGAAGCAGGUUAUCAGUCAUCGCCAAGCUUUCAACCACCUCAGGCUAAUCACCGACCGCAGACAACCUACAUGUUGCAAGAGAAUGCACAGCGUCAACAGAUCACUCAGCAAAAGCCCGAACACCAGCAUCCGGAAAACUUCUACCCUCCGCCACAAGGGGCAAAAUGGUAGGAGGGGAUAGCAGACAGCCCAUUUCAAUACAUGAGUC